CGCCCCAGUCGACAUGAGCGGACCCCACGCAGUGUUUGUGGGGAGCAUUCCCCCGCGAGUGCCCAACAGCCUCCUCCACUCGCUCCUCUCUGCUGUAGGCAAGGUGGACAACCUGCAACGAGUGGCGGAGCCCAAGUCACCGGAGACCUUUGCUACCUUUGGCAUUGCAGAGUAUGAUCAAGUGAGUCAUGUGGGAGAUGCCCUUGCUCUCCUCAAUGGCUUUCGUAUUGAUGACACUUGUUUGGAAAUCAAGGUCGAUGCUCAAUUGGCAGACGCUCUCGCUGCUCUUCCUCCGGAUGACUCGGCUUCGGCAAGGAGAGCAAAGAUUCGUCUCAAACUCGAUCAACUCCUCGCAAACCACUACUCGACCACUAUGGCAAAUGCUGCUGCUGCUACUACUACUUUGUCGUCUGAUCGCUCUGCUCGUCGUCAUGGUCAUGGUCAUGGUCAUGGUGGGGAUGAUGGUGAUGGUGAUGGUGAUGAUGAUGAUCUGCUGGCAAAGGAAAAGUCUCGCUUCCGCUCUUCCGUCGAGAACUACGAUCGCCAUCGUGCUGCUGCAGAGGAUCGCGAACUCCGUGCUCGUGCCGAGCGAGAUGAGCGCCGGAAGCAUGCAAUUCAGAUGCGGGCGGAUGCUCUCGAGUCGGAGAAGCUUGCCGCCGACCGCGCCUACCAGGUUGCCGUCAAGCAGUGGCUCCGCCGCGAGUCGCGCCGUGCUGCCAUCCUCGCCGACGAGGCGGCUGCCAAGGCUGCGGAUGCUGAGCGCUGUGCCGCUCUGGCCUCGCUUGGCCUGGCCAACCUCGACGCCCACAGCGUCGACCUGCUUCCGGACGACAACAUGUACGCGACCGAGAUGGCCCGUUCCCGCGCUCCCGGCCGCGCCGCCGCCCGCCGCAUGGAGGCCAUGCGCGACGACGAGGACCGCCGCGCUGAGCGGCAGGAGCGCGGCGACGCCGACGAAGGCCACAACGAGGCUGCGUCGGGCGAGGCAGACGCAGACGCAGGCGCAGACGCAGACGACGCCUCGGGCCGCCGCAAGCGCAAGCGCAAGAAGCGCAAGAAGCGCCGCCGCCGCCGCCACCGCCACGGCUCAGACGACGACGCCUCGGGCGACGACGACGAUGCCGACAACAACUCGCAAGCUUCGGCCGGCUCGGACGAUGCUGCAUCCGGCGGCUCGGACGCCCCGCGCCGCCGCAAGCGCCGCAAGCGUUCCAGCCGCUCUCGUGCCUCGCCGGCCACCCUCGACUGGGCUGCUCUCCCGGACGCUGAUGCCCUCGCCGACGCCGUCCGCCCCUGGCUGAAGACCAAGGCCACAGCUCUCUUUGGUGAGGUCGACACCGACUUUGUGAGCAUGGUCAUCUCGCAUCUUGCGCCGCGCGACGACUCGGCCCGCGACACCCUCCUCACUUCCGUCACCCCGCUCCUAGACUCGGACGCCAGCGCGAAGCAAGUGGACGGACGACUGCCCUUGCUACUGCUGCUGCUGGUGCUGCUGGUGCUGGUGCUGCUGCUGGUGCUACUGCUGCUGCUGGUGCUGCUGCUGCUGCUGGUGCUGCUGGUGCUGCUGGUGCUGCUGGUGCUGCUGGUGCUGCUGGUGCUGCUGGUGACACUCGACAUCAGCAACAAGGUUGAGGACAUGGUCGUCGCUAAUGACAAGUCGCGGAAGCGCAAGCGCUCGGCGUCGCGGAAGAAGGCAGGCUCGGCAAGCUCGUCGGUGGCCGUCGCCGCAUCCGCGCCAACAGACUCGGCUGGAGCUGCCGCCGCGAGCGUGCUGCUGAUCAUGGACGAAGCUGGAAACGCCAGCGGGGGCGAGGAGCUGCCGACCCCCAAGCGGCAGAAGAGCACAGCGGCGGCGAGCGGCGGUCAGAGCUCGGCGAGCAAGCCCAAGAAGCGCCGCGGGCGGCCAAAGGGCUCGACCAACGAGCGCAAGCUGCGUAUGCUGCGCCGCCGUGCCGAAAACACCGGCGCGGGCGACACCGACAUGGCUGACGAGUCGGACCAGGAGCUGGAAGACGGCGUGUAUGUGGUCGAGGACAUCCUCCGCAAGCGCCUCCGCAAGGGCCGCCGCGAGUACCUCAUCAAGUGGAAGGACUUUCCUGUCGCCCAGGCCACCUGGGAGAGCGAGGACAACAUCCUCGACUCGUCACUCAUCCACAAGUUCCUGCAGAAUGAGAAGCUCAAGAAGCAGAAGCGCAAGGAGGCGUCCAGGGCAAAGGCCGCAAAGGCCGUCGAGCGCUACCGCACCACCGGCAAGCUCCCGCUCUCCGACAAGUCGACCAAGAAGGUGAAAAAGUCCGAGGUCUCGCCCACGGACCCGGCAAGCAUCACCGCUCACCUCGCCGCAGCCGCUUUCAAGGACCGCCCAGACUCGGAAGAGAUCAUGAGCCUCAUUUCUAAGAUCCGCGCCGCUGUCAUGUCCUCCUGUUAA